AGGCAUUCUCCUUCAGCGUCUCUUCGCGUCCGUUUCAGUCCUGCGUCAUUUCGAUCAUCGUUCGGACGUCCAAGUACCGGUGGCUCUAAUUGCUCUGUCGACUUCGAGCUCGUUUUGCUAGAAAGAGAGAGAGUGCCGAAUAAUGUCGUUCCUCACGGCAAUGACGUUGCUGUCGGUGAUCAGCAUGAUUUCGGCGCAAUGUCUGACGGGAGAUGACGCCCCUUCAGUGAUGGACCCGGCGUCGAGGACGUUGUUGACGAACGCCCGUUUUAGCUUCGCGCUCGACAGCCUGAAGAAGGCCGCGUUGAUCGAGUCGAAGGACAAUAUCUUCUUUAGCCCACACAGUAUAAAUCAGGCUUUAAAUUUGGCGUAUUUCGGCGCCCGCACCACCACCGAGGCGAAUCUCAAGCAGGCCCUCCACAUCCCCGAUCAGCUCUCCAAAGUCGACGUGCAACGAUAUUAUGCUUUCGAGAGAUCGUUCAGUCAGAUGCGUUCCCAGUUGGGUGAAAACUCAGACUCCUACGAAUACAAAGUCGCUAAUAGAUUUUGGAUUACGAACGCCAAGAAACUGCGCGAAUGUAUGCUCGAUUUCUUUGGUGAUCAAUUACAAGUGACUGAUUUCCGUGCAAAUCCCACAGAAGUGAGGAAUCAGAUCAACAACUGGGUUAGCAAUGUGACGAAAGGCCACAUUCGCGAUCUCUUGCCUCCGCAUAGCAUCGGCGAGGAUACCGAUUUGGUUCUGGCAAAUGCGGUUUACUUCAAGGGUCUCUGGGCCCAUCGUUUCGAUCCCGUGAAUUCUAAACGCGACAUUUUCUACGCUUCCGGCUCGCAGAAUUCCGUCACCACUUUCAUGCGUCAGAAAGGGAACUUUAAUUAUGCCAUCUCUGAGGAAUUAGGUGUGCAUAUCUUGGAAUUACCCUACAAAGGUAAAGAGAUCUCGAUGUUCGUGCUGCUCCCUCCGUUCUCCACCGCGCGAUCUCUCCAGAAUCCUUCUUACGAGCCACAGGACGGUAUUCGCCAGCUGGUGGAACGUCUGGCGACCGAGGAGGGUUCCCGGGAGCUUCGCGAAAUAUUAGACGAUGGGUUACUGACGCGCGAAGUUGAGAUCAGCCUGCCGCGUUUCGAACUCGAACGGGAAUUACCAAUUGGCCAGCUGCUGCAUGCCCUCGGCGCCGGCGAUGUGAUGUCACUCGCCGCCGAUCUACGCGGUUUCGUCGCCGAUGGCGAAGCUUCUCUGACUCUCGGUGAGGCCGUGCACCGAGCCCGCAUCGAGGUGACGGAGGAAGGCACCACCGCAGCCGCGGCCACCGCGAUCUUCACCUUCCGCUCCAGCCGACCUACCGAGCCUGCCGUCUUCAACGCCAAUCAUCCGUUCGUUUACCUGAUUUACAACAAAGCUGAUCACACGAUCCUUUUCACUGGUGUUUUCCGCUCGCCCAACGGAUCCCAAUCGACAUCCUUGACCCGCGGCGCCGUUUAGAUGGAUCGUCGAGGAGAAACUCGCUCUUGAAAAGUUAGUCGGCAACAGAGGCUGAUGAUGUGACAGGAUUGACAAGUUUUCGAGUCUUUCCAUUCUUUUCUUGGUCAGUUGAUGAUGUUUUAGGCUGUUUUACUCGUGACACCGAGCGAUUUUUGUUGAUGAUCAAAGAUGAUCCUUCAAAUUGUGAAGUUGAUAUUCCUUUAGGGAAAAAAAUCUUUAAAGGAUCAAAAAGGAUCUCGCAUUUUCUGACGAUUUUUUUGAAAGGAAUCUGUUGCACGAAUCUCAUUAAUUUAUUCUUGUAUUUAGGUUUUAUAUUUUAUAAUAUUUUAUUUUUAAAGUUAGAUAAAGAGAAUGUGACGCAAAAUAAAAAUCUAUACAGAGUCAUUCACGUUUAUUGCAUUUUUUAAUUAUAUAGAUAAUAAAUUUUGACUAUCAGUGAUCUCGUUGACUGACUGAAAGAAUUGUAUAACAAAUAUUUCUUCCUCCAAAUAUAUAUAUAGAAAUCUUUUAGAAGAAAGAAUUUUACAACGUAUCUAAAGUAAAAAUUGUAAAAAUAUUAAGAAGAGAUUUAUGUAAUAAGGAAAAAUAAAUAAAAAUAUUUUUAGAUAUAUGUAAUUAUGUGUAGUAAUUAAUGUGUAGUAAUUUGUUUUAAGAGAUAAACGACAAUGUUUUGCACCAAGUUACGCAAUUUAUACGUAAGCUGGCCGAUUGCAAUAUCUGAGAUUAUCGGAUUUCAACUCAUAAUUGAAUUUUUAUUAAACUUAAUUGAUACUUAGAUUUUAAUUACAUAAAAAAGUAUCUUUAUUUUUCUUCUAUGUAUUCUAAGGAAGUAUAAUGCCAAGUCUCAACAUUGAAACA